AUGGCUGCAAGAGCAGAUUGGAUAAAAGCAGGAUCUCCAAGACAACGUAGUAAUAUUUUCUAUAUAAAGUAUAAAAAACUAAAAUGCGAAUACAGACGUGAGCAGAGGAAAGCCGUGUGGGAGUAUGAGAGGAAAGAACUUAAUGAUAUCGGUAAUCUGCAAGACUUAGAUAAUGAAAAAUUUUGGAGACUGUUAAAUAAUAAGGCAUGCAGGAAUAACAAAAAGAACAAAAAAAUGGUAUUAGAGGUAAAUGGUAAAAUUAUCACGGAUUCACAGCAAAUGGCAGAUCUUUGGGCAAAUUAUUUUGAACAGUUAGCAACACCUUCAGAAGAUGAGAAUUUCGAUCGAAUUCACCGAAUUGAAAUUGAAAAUGGAGUAAAUGAUAUCGUAGAAAAAUCAGAGAAUGCUCUAGGCUGUAUAUUUACUGUACCGUUAACAACUCAGGAAAUUUCGGAGGUUAUUAGAGGCCUACCAAACGGAAAAGCCCCCGGGUAUGACGGAAUCACGUAUGAGCACCUAAAAUGUGGUGGAGAAAUGAUUAUACAUGCAUUAUUAAAUCUUUACACUUGUAUUAUCGAUAGAGAAGAGAUUCCAAGUUCAUUUAAAUUGGCAGUUAAAAUCCCAAUUCCUAAGGGCAAUAAGAAAACACACAUGUUUGAUGAUCAUCGAGGGAUAAGUCUGCUGCCCUGUGUUAAUAAAAUCUUGGAACGUAUAGUAUUAUCACGAUUACAAAAGCAACAAAAUUGUCUCCAUCAUCCGCUCCAGGGUGGAUAUCAAAAACAACAAGAUGCUCUCACGACAUGUUUUGCAAUUGAAGAGGUGCUAAAUCACUGUUCCGAGGACAAUGACAAAGUCUAUGCAGCCUAUAUGGACAUCUCAAAAGCUUUUGACACUAUGUGGAUUAAUGGAAUGCUUUACAAGCUAUACUACACCAAAGGGGUAACUGGUAAAACUUGGCGGCUCAUACGAAAUUGGUACUUGAACAUGAAAGAAUUUGUUAUCGUUGAAGGAAAAUCAUCUCGUAUAUACGAGCUAGGGCAAGGUACAAGACAAGGUGGGGUUCUAUCACCCUGGCUUUUCCUGGUAUUCAUAGACAACCUUAUCGAGGAAUUGAGCAACAUUAAAUCUGGAAUUUGCAUCAACACCGUGUAUUUCGGAUCACCCAUGUUUGCGGACGAUCUAACUAUGCUAUCACGUAUGAAAUCUGGACUGGACAAAAUGUUACGAUGUGCUUCGGAAUACAGUAACAAAUGGAGAUUUACAUUUAAUGCUACGAAAACGGUAGUUUUAACGUUUGGUGAAAGCUAUCGGGAACGUAGUGUAAAUCGCAGCAUUAGAGAUUGGCAUCUUGGGUCACGAGUUAUUUUGGAAAAGGAAUGUUGGUUCAAUCUUGGAAAAAUAUGGCAUGUAAAUAAGGAUUCGUCUGCAUUCGUUUCCAAGGCUGUUACCAGAGGAAGAGAAUCAGGAAUGGUUUUAAUGAAAAUGGGAGCUCGAUAUGGAGGAUUAAAUCCUAUAAUUUCAGUUCAGUUAUGGAAGCGGAUUGGUAUCCCAAAGAUGUUGUACGGUUCCGAGCUCUGGCAAUUGAAUUGUAAUGACAUUGUUGAACUGGAAAAAGUGCAAAAUACUACGGUGCGUAUUAUACAGGGGUUAUUACCUGGAAUAUCAGGGUCUGCUGCGAGAGGGUUGCUGGGCUUACCACCAAUCGAAGCUGAAGUCGAUAAACGGAAAUUGUAUUUUCUGGGACGACUUAUACUAAUGAGUCAUGGUGUUCCGUGCAGAAAGAUCUUCCUCAUGAGAUUAAUACGUUGGAAGUGGAACCAUACAAACACCUUAAAAGGAUUCAUUCCAAAUAUUGUACGAAUUCUUUUGAAAUAUGAUCUCAUGGACUUUCUAACAGGGUAUAUUUUAUCCGAUCAAUUUCCAAGCAAAUCUGCAUGGAAGAAAAUUGUUAAAAAACAUAUAUACGAGUACUAUAACAAUAUCUGGCAAGAAAAAAUAAGUACGCAUGGUCAACUAAAACUUUAUGCAUGCAGAAGUUCAUCCUGUGAUUGA